CUUCUAGUUGGCACGGUGAGGCUGUUAGCAUGUAGCCUCCUUUACCCCGGAAGUGAACAGAAAUCAGGAUCAGCUGUUAGUGCAGGAGACGGUGUUUUUGAUUGCGUGAAGAUCUCCACUUCAGAGUAAGAUGGCGUCCCAGGUGCGGCUGCGGCUGCUGCCCGGCGCCCGGUGUCUGUUCGACGAGCCGCUCCGGGUGACGGUGUCCGGCCUGAGGUCCCAGCAGGUGGUCGCCCUGAGGGCCCGGUCCACGGACGAGAAGGGGCUGGUGUUCAGCUCCUCGGCCACCUACAGGGCGGACGGGGGCGGGGAGAUCGACCUGGGCCGGGACCCCUCGCUCGGCGGCAGCUACGUCGGGGUGGAGCCCAUGGGGCUGCUGCGGGCGAUGAGGACGGACGCCCUGCACAAAAGGUUCCAGAAGACAAACUCCCUGAACCCCCACGUGGUGAGGUUCUCUGUGCAUGAGGUGGAGGGGGAGGGCAGGAUGCUGGCGGAGGUGGCCAAUGAGAGGCUUCUGAUGGCGGACGGGGUCAGCAGGCGUCCUGUCAGAGAGGGGAACAUCCGUGGCGUCCUGUUUACUCCACCUGGAGAAGGUCCGUUCCCCGCCGUGUUGGACCUGUACACGUUCGGUGGAGGUUUAUCUGAGAAGAGGACGUCUCUGCUCGCCAGCCGGGGCUUCGUGGUUCUGACCGUGGCGCUCUACGGACACGACGACAUGCCCAGGAGCAUCAAAGAGGUUCAUCUGGAUUAUUUUGAAGAAGCAAUCGAGGUUUUAAAAAAGCAGGAGAAGGUGGGCAGUGGAGGAGUCGGGGUAGUGUCCCUUUCCAAAAGUGGAGAUCUGGCUCUCUCCAUCGCCUCGUACCUGCCGCACGUCCACGCCACCGUGUGGAUCAACGGCUGCUCCGCCAACACGGCGUUACCCCUCUACUAUAAGAAGAAACCCAUCCUCCCUGCGUUGAUGUUUGACGUCAACAAGGUCGUUGUCACCGAGUCGGGCGCCUGCAUCACCAAGGGCGCCAUGCACAGCCCCUGGGCGGAGGAGAACCAGGCCACCGUCGUGCCCAUCGAACGGGCGGAGGGACGUUUCCUGUUUGUAGCCGCGGAGGACGACCAGAACUGGGACAGCAAGGCCUACCUGGACCAGAUGGUGGAGAGGCUGAAGCUUCACGGGAAGCAGAACUUUGAAAGCGUCAGUUACCCCGGAGCAGGGCACUACCUGGAGCCCCCUUAUGGGCCCUACUGCCCCUCCAGCUUCCACGGGUUGAUGGGUAAACCGGUGGCGUGGGGGGGCGAGUCCAGGUCCCACGCGGCCGCUGAGGUUCACCUGUGGAAGAAGAUCCAGGAGUUCUUCAGGACCCACCUGAGCUGUGAUGGUGGCACGCAGAAUAAAGCCAAGUUGUAGAUCGUUGAACAUCAAGUGCCGGAUUGUGCUCUGAUAGUUAAUUCACUUCCUGUUGUUUAAUCACCUCGUCAUCAGCCGGAGACAUUCUGUUUCCUGUUUGUCAUCCAUCCGUCCCUCUAUGGUGAACACGAAAUCUCAAGAACGCCUCAAGAUCAUUUGUUCACCUUCGCCACAGACGUUUAUUUGGACUGGAAGAUGGAUUUAGAUUUUUGGUGGUGAAAGGUGAAGGCAGCUGUGACCUCAGAAAACACAUUCCUGCCUCGUGAUGCCUCAGGAACAUCUCCAGAGAACCUUUUAGAGUUUAGAGUUUAAACUUUCACUUGGACUCACAGAUGAAUUAAGACUAAAGUUUUCCAAGGUCAAACGGUGACCUCAAAGGAUUCUGGGAUAAAAGACGUCUGUAGACUGAAACUGCACCGAUGGGUGGACGAGUACCACAGGCCGCAAGUCUGUUAGUUUGUCUUUAACAUUGUGAGAAAGUACAAGAGAAAUAAUAAUUUAAAAAAUCAGGCAUAUAAAAGGCACUGAUAUUUUGGAGUGUGUAUAAUUUAGUGCAGCUUGACUUAAUUGUAGGUUCCUGUUGUGCCUUGACUGAGUGUGUUACACUGUGUGUUACACUGUGUGUGUUUCACAGUGUGUGAGCCACAUAACAAACCAGACUGACAUUCUUGUAUCAUUGAACAUAUUUGUGCAACAACACCAUCUGCAAUGAAUCGUUAGAUGCAGGCGUCUCAUUGGUCAGCUCCAGCUCCCGUGUGACUCCGACAUGUGAACUCUGUUAAAUCAUCUCCUUCUCUUCUGUUCUACGCCCACGUGUGAACUCUUGAACCUUCACUUCUGUCGCUCUCGUCUCUUUCAUCUCCUCGCGUUGUUUAAUCGCAUCUUUUACCAAAGGAGAAGAUCCGAGGAGGCUGAGAGAAGCCCAGUGUGUGUUCUGGAUGUGACUGAAAUGAUCCAUAUCUGCAUCGUGAUUGGCUGCAGCAGCAGAAACAAGCAUCCUAUCACCACACGGCUGUUCAGUCCACCUCCGACAGGAAAUCCAUCGUGACGCCGUGUUGAGCUGUGAUUGAAGCUGAAGGCUCCUCCAGUACACGGCUCUGAAACUGCUGUAUUUCUAAUGAGGAAAAGGAAGUGGAAACAAAUAGAGCAAACAUCCUGACACUGAAACAUGUGUUUUAAUGUGACGUGAAUAUAUUUUUGAUAGAGGAUUGAUAAACAUUUACUGCCCAGGGGUUCAAACAGGAGUUUCAGACGUUUUUCUUUAAUCAUCUGUGUUUUUGUUUAAUGGAGCCAAGAAUCAAAGAAGAAGUAUUGUGUGUUGUGUCGUAGCAGAGAAACUUAAAUCAUGUUUGUAUGAUUGUCUUAAAAUGUUGAACAAAUUGAAAAUGGAUAUGUGGGGUUAUCGUAAUCAUAUCCCAAACUUUUUGUCUCCUGAUCUCCUUCCUACAACUUGACUGAAGAAGAAAGUAACUGAACUUGGAUUUUGUUCCUCAAUAAGAUGUUGAUAUUGUAUUACAUAAAAGUAAUUUCAAGGUGAUAUGAAAUAAAACAUUGAUUUUACGAGA